AAACCCAGGAAGUGCAGCCCAGGCACUAAUCAAAUGCAAGGCUAAUAAUAAACGUCCUGAGUAAUGAGUGGCCUGGGCCGCAGCAGGCGAGGUGGCCGGAGCCGGGCGGACCGGGAGGAGCGGUCUCCACAGGGCCUGCGGCCGGGGGCGGCCAUGCCAUCCUGCCCCGAAGAGCAGUACUGGGACCCCCUGCUGAACGCCUGCCUCUCCUGCAGACCCAUCUGCAGCCAUCAGACUCCGCGCGCCUGUGCAGCCUUCUGCAAGUCACUGAGUUGCCUCAAGGAGCAAGGCAGGUACUACGACCAGCUGUUGAGGGACUGUGUCAGCUGCGCCUCCAUCUGCGGACGCCACCCCAAGCAGUGCACGUUCUUCUGUGAGAACAAGCUCAAGAGCCUCAUGCACCCGCCCCCGGAGCUCAGGAGGCAGCGGCCGGGCCAGCUUGAAACCAGGUCAGACGGCUUGGGAAGGUACCAGGGACCAGAGCACAGAGGCUCGGAGGCAGGUCCAGCACCCUCAGGGCUGAAGCUGAGCGCCGACCAGCUGGUCCUGGUCUACAGCACCCUGGGGCUCUGCCUCUGUGCCAUCAUCUGCUGCUUCCUCCUGGCGGUGGCCUGCUUCCUCAGGAGGAGGGGGGACCGGUUCUCCUGCCAGCCGCCCCCAGGGCCGUGUCGGACUCCGGCCAAGUCCUCCAAGGAUCACUGGAUGGAAGCUGGAAGCGCGGCGGGCGGCCCGCCGGAGCCGGUGGAGACGUGCAGCUUCUGCUUCCCGGAACGCAGGGCGCCCACCCAGGAGACCGCGGGCGCGCCCCAGACACCCGGGCCCGAGCGCGCUGGGUGGUGGGGGCGCCGCGGCCAGACUGUGGCCGGACAGCCCUGUGCGCAUGCCCCCAAUGGCGGCCUCGAGGUCGUCUGUGCGCCCGCCCAGGAGGGAGGCCUGGCCACGUGAAACGGUCACCAUCACCCAAACACACCUGCAAUAAGGUCGCCCGCGCCUGCUGGACACAGCCCCCAAGAACCCUUCUGUAGAAAUAAAACCUUCCACGGCUGCCCGCUCCUCA